AUGUUUCAACUUUUCGUGGCGGUAGCGAUACUUUCUAUGUUGAUCAACGCAGAAUUGCAAAGAACUCCGCUGUAUGAGACAAACUCUACUCAAAGAUCAAUUGACAUCGAUCAUCAACAAAAUUAUUCGGAUAAGAGACGUAUUAUAAGAAUAAAAUUGCGAGAUGAUCACGAAAAUUCUUUUUUUGGCUAUAUCUCAAUUGGAUCUUUCCCACAAUAUUUUAAAGUACUUUUCGACACUAGUUCCUCAAAUUCCUGGAUACUAUCUAAAAACUGCCGUAGUAAUACCUCAGCUUGCAACUCAGAAUUAAAGAAAAAUUAUGGUAAUAGCCAAUCAACGACAUACAUACCAAGUAAUACUUCAUUCGAUAUUGAAUACGAUGGUGAUACUAUCUCCGGAUAUUUAUGUACUGAUGUAGCGUAUUUCGAUUUUAGUAGCCUAAUUGCUAUUCAAAAUCAGACAUUUGGAGAAGCCAUAAGCUAUGAACGGCGAAAAUUUCCGUUUUCUCCGAAUUAUCAAGGAGUCGUGGGAAUGGGUUAUUCCACAUCAGCUAUUACAGGAAUUCCCUUUCUUAAUAACAUGGUUCAACAAGGCCUGUUGUUGCGACCUGUUUUUAGUAUCUAUAUGAAAAGAGAGUAUGUUACAUCUGAAAUAGUUGGUGAGCUGAUACUUGGUGAUAUCGAUAGCAGUCUUUAUGUAGGCAAAUUAACGAAUGUCAAUGUUACUCGCAAAGGAUACUGGCAAUUUAACAUGAAAAUUCAACUAGGAAAUAAUAUCUUAUGCGAGAAUGAUUGUCAAGCUAUUAUCGAUUCGAGCAACCCUCGGAUAUCUGGACCACCAUCGGCUAUCGCAGUUAUUAAUAAAUACAUCAGAACUAUUAGUCCUAACAACCCAGGAAUU